AAUCAACAGCCGCCAUCUUGUCGUGGCUCGGAAUUAGGAUUUCGGUCCAACACUGGCUUUUACGUAGGAAAUCGAGCAUCCUUUCCGUGAUAUGACAACGUCCUUACCAAGAAAACGACUUCUUAACGUCGCCUCGGAGACAUUUUGUGUGAAAAAACGGGAAUAGGGUCGGCGGUCGUCGGGCAAAAACGCUCCGUAUAUCUGAUUUCCCCCUUCGGAGUGCGGCGAUUCAGCCCUGACGCCGUUCACGAUCAGUAUUGUUUACCGUGGCCAACCGGACACCACGUCGUGACUUUCGAGGUGAUUUGCAAAAAUACAGCAUUUUUGUGCAAUUGUGCAUUUUGCGGAUCUUCGCGCGAUUUUUGCAUGAAGAGAUUUGACGUCACGCCAAAAUGGGUACUUCGAACAUCUAGAAUUUGCGACCUUUCCACCGGAAUGCAGCAUAACAACCGAUUUUAUUAAGCUAUCCAUUUGAAUUUCGAUUUUUUUUUCAUGGGGCGAAUUUUAUUUUGGGGUAUUUAACGACGAUAAUGUGGGUGUUGGGUGUUGGAUUAUCAUGGGGUGAAUGGCGCUGGCGAAGCGGGGCGCUAUUGCAUCUCUUUUGAAAGGCACUUGAAGCACGGACUAGCUAACGCUAACAGUUAAUUUAGCUGCUAGCAGGCAAUUAGCUAACGUUAGCUAUUAGCCAGUUAGCUAGCGUUAGCAGGCUGCCAGCUUUCUAAUGUGUUAAUCGUGACGGUUCGAGUUGAUCACAAAACAACGUACCAGGAAGAAAAGCUAAAUCGACGUCUUCAACUCAAGCAAACCACCCGGACAAGAGAACAACUAUGGCUGAAAACCUGCUGGAAACUGGACCUCCCAACUCCAAGCGGCCGAAGCUGAGUUCACCUGCCCUGUCAACGUCUGAUGGACCAGAUCUGGGUUCACUAUCCUGGGAUGAUUUAGAGAACGACCUUCCAGAUGAGUUGAUCCCAAAUGGAGGCGAUCUGGGCCUGAUGGGCGGGAUGCCUUCAAACGCACCCGGGGGCGGCGGGCCCGGUGGCGGCUCAGUUGUACCAGACGCAGCCGCCAAGCACAAGCAGCUCUCAGAGCUACUUCGAGCCGGCAGCACCUCCAGUAUCACAGCGACCCCUCAGCCAGGCGGGAUGGGGCCUCAGCUGGGGACGCCGCUGAGAAUGAGCCCCCUCAGCCAGGGUUCCCCCAACAACCACCCCUCCCCCCAGGGACAAAAAGCCGGAACGCCGACCGGAAUAACAGGACUGAAAAACAACAACAACAAUAAUACUGCAACAAUGGGCUUGAACACAACAGGCUUUGGCCAGGCCAUGAUUAACAAUAGCCAGGGCCACGCGGGGCUCCUGGCACAGGGAGGGCAGUCGCAACCCGGCCAGGUGAUGAAUGGCGGUCUUUCACCUGCAGCCGGGAGAGGCCGGGGAGCAGGGGUGGGUGGCAUGCAGUACCAGGGAGCGACGAUGAAGGGCGCCGCCCCAGGGCCCGGAGGAGCUGGGAGUGCGUUGGCAGAGACCCUGGCCCAGGGAGGGCAGCAGAUGGGAGCUCACGCCUCCCUCGGCGCGGCGCAGCAGGCAGGCAACACGAACAAGCAGACGCCGCAGCAGGCGGCGAUGCUUCCGCUGGCUGCGGGCGGCGCCAUUGCCGUGUCGUCAGCGGGCCCAACAGCUGACCCAGAGAAGCGCAAGCUGAUCCAGCAGCAGCUGGUCCUGCUGCUCCACGCACACAAGUGCCAGCGACGGGAGCAGGCCAACGGCGAGGUGAGAGCCUGCUCCCUGCCCCACUGCCGCACCAUGAAGAACGUCCUCAACCACAUGACCCACUGCCAGGCCGGCAAGUCCUGCCAGGUGGCUCACUGUGCGUCAUCCAGACAGAUCAUCUCCCACUGGAAAAAUUGCACACGACACGACUGUCCCGUCUGCCUCCCGCUGAAGAACGCCAGCGACAAGCGCACCCAGCAACCCAUGCUGAGCUCCCCCAACACAGGCCUCCAGAACGCCAUGUCCUCAGUGGGUGUGGGCCAGCCCAGUGCUCCCACCAUCAAUACCUCAACCCCCAUAGACCCCAGCUCCAUGCAGAGGGCCUACGAGGCACUCGGGCUGCCCUACAGCAGCCAGGCCGCUGGGCAGGCCCGGGGGGGCGCAGGGGGACAGACGACGGGAGCACAGAACGCAGCGGCUCAGCAGCAACAGCUUCCGCAAUUGAGAUCCCUCAAUGCACUUGGUAACCAGAUGGCUCUUGGAGGUGGAGCGCUGUCUGUGACCACUUCAGAACAGACGAACCUGCACACAGACUCCCUCCCCAACACACUCAACACUAACAGUCAGAUGCUGUCAGACGGGUCCACUGUGGGCUCAAUGGCCAACCUGCCCACUGCAGCGCCCAUUUCUGCCACGGGCACCAGGAAGGCGUGGCACGAGCACGUCACUCAGGACCUGCGCAAUCACCUCGUCCACAAACUAGUACAAGCUAUAUUCCCUACCCCGGACCCGGCAGCUUUGAAGGACAGACGAAUGGAGAACUUGGUGGCCUACGCAAGAAAGGUGGAGGGGGACAUGUACGAGUCAGCUAACAGCCGGGAUGAGUACUAUCACUUCCUAGCUGAGAAAAUCUAUAAAAUACAAAAGGAACUGGAGGAGAAGAGGCGCUCAAGGCUACAGAAGCAAAUCAUCAAUCAGGCCCCAAUGGUCCCACAAGGGGCCCAGCAGCCCGGCCUUCCCCAGCCCAGUGCCUUCGGCCCGAGGCCACAGAAUGGACCUGUCUCACUGCCCAACAUGCCAAAUCAGAUCACCAAUCGCAUGCAAGUCUCACAAGGAAUCAACCAGUUCAACCACAUGGCUCUGCCCAACACCCAAAUAUCCCAGACACCGAUGGGAGCCCGAGCUGCCUCACCCAUGAACCACCCACAGCAAAUGAACAUGAGCUCCGUCCCAGCGAUGGGCAUGUCUCCCUCCAGGAUGCCCCAGGCCCAGGGCAUGAUAGCCGCACAUAGUGGAGCUAACAUGGUGGGCCAGACAGCAAGCCAGGGACAGUUCCUGGCUCAGACCCAGUUCCCUCCCGGAUCAACCACAGCCGCCGCAACGGGUGCCAUGAAUGUCAGCGUGCCGGGCCUAGCCCAGCCGCCUGCACAGGCUGCCAUCACCCAGCAGCAGCAGCAGCAGCAGCAGCAACCACAACAGAGCGCUAACCUCCCCAUGAAUGCACUUGGCCCCUUGCUGGGCCCUCAGCUAGCCUCCUCCCAAUCCCCCUUGCACACCACGCCUCCUCCCGCCGCCUCCACGGCCGGCGGGGUCACUAACCUGAUGCUCCCCCAGCCCCCUACCCGCAGCACCACCCCCACCCUCCCUGGCCCUGCCCAGGGUGCCACCCCGCCCCGCCCCACCCAGCCCCAGCCCCAACCCCAGGUGGAACUCCCUGCAGCAGCACAGACGCAGGCCCCACUUCAGCCCCCCACCACGCCGCUGUCUCAACCAGGGGCAAGUCUGGAGAACCGGGUGCCCACGCCGGCCUCAGCUGCCGACCUGCACUCGCAGCAUGUCGCAGCAGACCUGCCUGUCCAGGAGGUCAAAGCCGAGGCACGCCAUGACCAACAAGAGUUUAAGGCCGCUGGCGGCAAAACCGAGCCCAAGAUGGAGACCGAGGAAGACUCUGCUUCAGCGGUUAAGGACGAGGAGCCAGAGGAAAAGCCGGAGCCGAUGGAGGUGAAGAAAACAGAAAUUAAGAUGGAACCCAAAGAAGAGGAAGAGGGUGGAGCCAAUGGCACGGCCUCUUCAUCCCCCUCUCAGUCACGAAGGAAAAUCUUCAAGCCCGAGGAGUUGCGGCAGGCUCUGAUGCCGACUUUGGAGUCUCUUUACAGGCAGGACCCCGAGUCUCUGCCCUUCAGACAGCCUGUGGACCCCAUGCUUCUGGGCAUCCCUGACUACUUUGACAUCGUUAAGAGCCCAAUAGACCUGUCCACAAUCAAGCGUAAGCUUGACACAGGCCAAUACCAAGAGCCCUGGCAGUACGUGGAAGAUGUCUGGCUGAUGUUCAACAACGCCUGGCUCUACAACCGCAAGACAUCCCGCGUCUACAAGUACUGCUCCAAGCUGGCCGAGGUGUUUGAGUCCGAGAUUGACCCGGUUAUGCAGGGCCUGGGUUACUGCUGCGGGAGGAAGUACGAGUUCUCCCCUCAAACCCUAUGCUGCUAUGGCAAACAGCUGUGCACCAUACCGACUGGAGGCACCUACUACAGCUACCAGAACAGGUAUCAUUUCUGUGAGAAGUGCUUCAAUGAGAUCCAGGGGGAGAGCGUGACGUUGGGAGAUGAUCCCGCACAGCCACAGACGAUGAUUUCAAAGGACCAGUUUGAACGGAAGAAGAACGAUGUGCUCGACCCUGAACCGUUUGUUGAAUGUAAAGAUUGUGGACGGAAGAUGCACCAGAUUUGCGUCUUACACUACGACGUCAUUUGGCCGUCUGGAUUCAUCUGUGAAAACUGUUUGAAGAAGAGUGCGAAAACGCGAAAGGAAAACAAGUUUUCCGCAAAACGGCUGCAGUCGACACGAUUGGGAAUGUACAUAGAGGACCGUGUGAAUAAAUACUUGAAGAGACAGAACCACCCAGAGGCCGGAGAGGUGUUUGUGCGAGUGGUGGCGAGCUCUGAUAAAAUGGUGGAAGUAAAACCAGGCAUGAAAUCCCGGUUUGUGGACACCGGGGAAAUGCCAGAGACCUUUCCCUACAGAACCAAAGCACUUUUUGCCUUUGAGGAGAUCGACGGCGUAGAUGUGUGCUUCUUUGGCAUGCACGUGCAGGAGUACGGCUCAGAGUGCUCCUUCCCCAACACUAGGCGGGUCUACAUAUCAUACCUUGACAGUAUUCACUUCUUCAGACCUCGUAUUCUACGAACGGCCGUGUACCACGAGAUCCUGAUUGGCUAUCUAGAAUACGUCAAGAAACUCGGGUACGCACAGGGCCACAUCUGGGCGUGUCCACCCAGCGAAGGAGACGACUACAUUUUCCACUGCCAUCCUCCGGACCAGAAGAUCCCAAAGCCUAAGAGGCUGCAAGAGUGGUACCGGAAGAUGCUGGACAAGGCCUUUGCGGAGAGGAUUCUACAUGACUACAAGGACAUCUGCAAACAGGCGACAGAGGACCGUCUGACCAGCGCUAAUGAGCUGCCGUACUUUGAAGGCGACUUUUGGCCCAAUGUGCUUGAGGAGAGCAUUAAGGAGCUGGAGCAGGAGGAGGAAGAGCGAAAGAAGGAGGAGAACACCGCUGCUUGUGAACCCCCCGAGGGUACGCCAAGUGACAGCAAAAACGCUAAAAAGAAGAAUAACAAGAAGACGAAUAAAAACAAGAGCAGCGUCAGCCGAGCCAAUAAGAAGAAACCUGGGAUGCCGAAUGUAGCCAAUGAUCUGUCCCAGAAGCUAUACGCCACCUUGGAGAAACACAAAGAGGUGUUCUUCGUGAUCCACCUCCAUUCCGCUUCCAUGGCCAACACCCUGCCUCCCAUCGCUGACCCUGACCCCAUGCUCUCCUGUGACCUGAUGGAUGGCCGCGACGCCUUCCUGACUCUGGCCAGGGACAAACACUGGGAGUUCAGCUCGCUCAGGAGGUGCAAGUGGAGCACUAUGUGCAUGCUAGUCGAACUGCACAACCAAGGACAGGACCGCUUUGUCUACACCUGCAACGAGUGCAAGCACCAUGUAGAGACACGCUGGCACUGCACUGUGUGCGAGGACUUUGAUCUGUGCAUUAAUUGCUACAACGUGAGGGGCCACGAGCACCAGAUGGUGAAAUGGGGCCUCGGCCUGGACGACGACAGCAACGGCCAGAGCGGCGAGGCCUCCAAGAGCCCGCAGGAGAGCCGGCGCUUGAGUAUCCAACGAUGCAUCCAGUCACUGGUCCACGCUUGUCAGUGUCGCAAUGCCAACUGCUCUCUGCCGUCCUGCCAGAAGAUGAAGCGCGUGGUGCAGCACACCAAGGGGUGCAAGCGUAAGACCAACGGGGGCUGCCCUGUAUGCAAGCAACUCAUCGCGUUGUGCUGCUACCACGCAAAGCACUGCCAGGAGAACAAGUGUCCGGUCCCGUUCUGCCUGAACAUCAAGCACAAGCUGCGCCAGCAGCAGCUGCAGCACCGGCUCCAGCAGGCCCAGCUGAUGAGGAGGAGGAUGGCGACCAUGCAAGGCAGAACCAUGCCCCUGCCGUCCCCGCCGGCCGCGGCUGCUCCCAGCACUCCCACCUCACACGCCCAGCCAAGCACUCCUCAGCCGCCGCAGCAGGCACUUUGCAACCAGCCGCAAACCCCCAACGCGGCAGGCGUCAUGUCCCCGUCUUUUCCCAACAGUGGCCAGCCUCAAACGCCAGUGUCCCAGGGCAAGCACGGCCAGGCCUCCCCGCUGCACCAACAGCAAUCCCCUCUCCCGCAGCCGCCGCAGGCACCUCAGCAGCAGCUGCAGCAGCAGCAGCCGCCUCCGCCCGCCGCGGUCAAGAUGGCGAGGCACAUCGAGAUGAUGGCCCAGGCCCAGCAGAACCAGCAGAACUACCGGGUCAACAUGAACGGCUUACCCAUGAACCCCCAGCAGCAGUCGCCGCAGCAGCGCAUGACUGGGCCGAUGCAGCCGUCCAUGCAGAUGGUGCCGGGGCCAAGGGGGCCACAGGUCAUGCAACCGGGCUUGCCUCCAGGUCAAUGGACCGGCGCUCCGAGGCCUAUGCAGGCAGCCCCGACUCAACAGCCGGGCCUGGUCCCGGGCCAGACCCCACAGCAGGCCAUGACAAUGCAGCGAGCCCUGAUGGUCCCCGGGCAGCAACCUCAGCCGGGCCAGAGGAUGCUGAUACCACAGCAGCCCGGCGCCCGGCCACAAACGCCCCAGAGAUCCGGAGCUAUUGCUCCCAACGCCCUGCAGGACCUUCUACGCACACUCAAGUCUCCGAGCUCGCCCCAACAGCAGCAGCAAGUCCUAAACAUCCUCAAAUCGAACCCUCAGCUAAUGGCUGCUUUCAUCAAACAGCGAACAGCCAAGUACCACGCCAACCAGCCGCAGCCAACAGGCCAGCAACAGCAGCCCAGCAUGCCAACAAUGCAGGCCAUGGCCAUGCCGGGAGGGGCGGUGCAGAGGCCGGGGAUGCCACCACAGCAGCCUCAGCAGCCUCCUGCGCAGGGAAUGUCUACUUUGGGACCUCAGGGGCAGCUAAUGAAUGCGGCGCACAACACCAACCCCCAGAUCCAGGAGCUUUACCGUCGGCAGCUCUUAAGGCAGCAGCAGCAGCAACAACAACAACAACAGCAACAGCAGCAACAACAACAACAACAACAACAACAGGGAGUUAUGCCUCAGGGCCAUCCUGGCCAGUUCCCUGCUGCAGCGCAGGGUACAGCAGCAACAUACUCCCAGCUUCGUAUGCAGCAGCAGCUGGCCCUGCAGGUCGGUUCAGGAGCACCUGGGCUCCCAAUGGGCCAGCUCCCACCCAUCGCUCAGAUGGCACAGCCCAGCAUGGGCAUGGACUCUGCCAAGAACUUACUGCAUCAACGAAUUCUCCAGCAGCAGCAGCAGCAGCAGCAGCAGCAGCAGCAGCCGCUUCCCCAGCAGCAGCAGCAGCAGGCCAUGCUCAAGCAGCAGAUGGGGUCCCCUGCUCAGCCCAGCCCCAUGAGCCCCCAGACCCACCUGCUGGCCGGACAGCCCCAGGGCGGAGCCCACUUACCCGGCCAGGCGACACUGGCCAACGCCCUGAACAACCAGGUCCGCUCCCCCGCCCCAGUCCAGUCGCCCUGUCCGCCGUCGCAGCAGCAGCCUCAUUCCAGUCCGUCGCCGCAGGUCCAGAACCAGCCGCAGCCCUCGCCGCAGCAUCCACACCCAGCACACUCGGGUUCCCCCCGCCCGGUACUCGGGGGCCCGUUGUCGGGGUCCAUGGAGCCGGGACACUUGGGGACAGCAGAACAAAGCGCCAUGUUACCGCAGCUUAACACGCCCAACAGAGUGGAACUGAACUGUGACUUGGGGAUGAUGGGCGACGCCACAGGGGACACGCUGGAGAAGUUUGUGGAGCGGUUGUAGCAUUUCUCCCGGGAACUAAAGAACACGCUUUUCCUCUCCUGCCACCGCUCUUCCUUCUGGUUUCCCCUCAGACUCUUUAUCCCAUUUAGAGGGCUUUGUUUGUUCUUUCUAAGGUUGAGAAGUUUUUUUUUUUUUUUUUGUACUGACUGUAAAAAGUUUCAGCUGUUGUAAAAAGAAAAAAGAAUUUGAUCAGCAGGGGGGUGGGUGGGAGAAAAGACGGAAAAAAAAAGUCAACACUUUGAGGGAAUGUAAUUGUUUCUUAAAGAUUAGUUGUUCAAUGAAAUUUAAGCCACAAAGAAUAUAUUUUUUGGUUGAGACCAAAUGUGUUCAAUACUCAAUUUAUUUUUGGUUUGUUUUCAGUAUGGUUACAUGCCUUUCAUUUAUUUUUUAAAGAAAAUGUACAAUUGCAUUAUAUUAUUCAUAUCUUUUUAUUUUGUACCUUUGAAAAAGAAACUUAAAGCAUUGUUGUGUUGAAAUUGUAAAAUAUUUCCGGGAAUUGGGCCAGGUUUUUUUUUUUUUUUUUCUUCUUCCGUUUUUCUUCUCAAGCCGUCGUUCCUGGCAAUUGUAAUCCAGUGUUGUACCAUUACUCCAAGACGGUGUGUUCAGGGACCGCUCCCCUCCUUGUUGUGUGUAUGAAGAGCACUCGGCUGUAUUGGAAUAGGAAAUGGACUGCGACAGGUGGUCUAUACACCGUCGUGUAUACAGGCACACGUGACGACAGACGCAGUCACUAAAGUAACACAGACGACAACAAGUGCAACACACAUCUCGGUCACCUGGAAUUUGGAAAAAUCUGCUUUGACAUUAAAAAAAUAAUUUGUCAUA